AUGGCAACUCCUCCUCCUUCCUCUCGUCCUCCACCAAAAACCUCCGAUCUAGAAAUCACCAUCGUCUCCGCCAAGCACCUCAAAAAUGUCAAUUGGCAUAACGGCGAUCUCAGGCCCUAUGUCAUUUUCUGGGUCGACCCGGAUCAACGUCGGGCCACACAAUCCGAUGAUUCCGGCAAUACCCGACCCGUUUGGAACGAACGGUUCAUCCUCCAUCUUCCACAAUCUCCUCAAGAUACUGUUCUUACACUCGAGAUCUUUCAUUCUAAACCCUCGGAUACUCCUAAACCUUUAGUCGGUACACUUAGGGUUCCGUUGAAGGAACUUGUUAAUAUCGAUGAUUUUGGAAAGGUCAGAAGUUUCGAACUACGUAGACCUUCUGGUCGUCCUCAUGGUAAGAUUAAACUCAAGCUUGGUGUUCGUGAAGUAUCUAGAAUUCACGAUUAUCAAAUUGUCCCUCCUUCGGGUUAUUAUUACUCUACUGCCCCUCCGCAGCAGCAGCAACAGCCACCGCCUUCGUAUAGAACGUAUCCUCCUGCUUCUCCACCACCGCCGACUCCGCCGUCUCAUUCGGCUCAUUCAUAUCCUUACGGAGGAGGAUACUCUGAUCCGUAUUUGAGUUCGAGUUACUACCCUGGGUAUUACGCUCAGCCUCCUCCUCCUCCACCGCGACCAUUUGUUGAUCGGCAAUCUAGCUAUGGCGGUUUGGGGUCGAGGCCAAGUGCCCCUGUUGAUUAUGCUCCUCCACCUUAUGAUCCUCAGCGUAGUGAGCGACAAGCUAGCUAUGGCGGUGGGUUGGGUUCGAGGUCAAGUGCCCCUGUUGAUUAUGCUCCUCCUCCUCAUGAUCAGAAUCGUAGUGGGAAGAUGGGAGUCGGCACAGGGUUGGCAGUUGGAGCAGCUGCUGGUGCGCUCGGAGGAUUGACGUUAGCAGAAGGAUUGAAAUAUGAGGAAGGGAAGAUUGCUGAGAGGGUUGAAAACAACAUGGCAGCUAGAGAUGAUUACAGCAAUUACAGCGUUGAAUAUUGA